AUGGGAAUUUCCUUGAACAAAAAAUUCAAAGAUGAUUACGAAAAAUUAUUCUCAGACCAUCCUGAAUCAAAUAAAGCAAUUCAAUUGUAUCCAGCGUUUUCGCAUGUUAAAAUAGUUCACAAUGAUUGGUAUCGGUUAGCCAAAGCAGAGUUCAAUGGUCUACCUCAUGAAACAGAAGCCUUUCUGCAGAAAUGGAGAUCGAGAGAACAACAUCCUCAUCUAUUCUUGAUCCAUAAAAUAUUCACAAAUGAGAGUAGUCGGGCAGUCAUUUAUUUGGAUUUCCCAGAAUCCGUAGUAACAGAACUUGAUGAAGAAACCUUUCUACCACUUUUAGAUGCAGUAUUACAGAUAAUGUCAAAAUGGUAGAAAUAGAGUAAGACAUAUUCUUACUUUGGAUGCGAUUCUGUUUAUAAAGUGAGAUCCUUUGAUGGAUAAACCUACUAUAAAAUAUUGGAUCCAAUGCUACAUCCAUAUCUUAUUAAGUUCUAUAGAAAGUGUUGGUUAUAAAAAAACACUAAACAAUUAGAGCAAUUAUUAGCCAAGUUUUAUUUGUCUCCCAUCUAAUUGGAAGCCUUGAGUAAGAAGGUAGAAUACCCUAUUCAUAAUUUCUAUAAGUCAGAUGUGUUUUGUUUGGGUUUAUAUAUUUAUAAAUGCCUAACGUAAGACGAUGAUUUAUAUGACCUAAUUAAUUAUAAGGUUAAAUUGGAUAAAAUUAGAAGCAAUAUCUAGGGUAUGACAUUCCAAAACUAUGCAAAAAUGAUUUUAUUGAAUAUGCUCGAAGAAAACGAGGAAGAUAGACCAGAUUUCAUUUAGCUUGAACUUAAGUUUACACAUUUUGCACCUGAAAUCAAAUAUAAAAGAAUAUUUCACAAUAUUAAUUAAAUGAUUUUUGAAGAAUCCUUAUUACAAAUAACUUAAUUGGUAACGGAAUAAAAUAAUGAAUAAAUUGUUCCUGAAGAAAUAUAGGGAUUUAAUUUUGAUGAUAGACUUGAUUUUGAAAAUCUACACUUUUCAAUUUCAUCUGAAACUAAUCCGACAGCUGAAAUUCAUAAAAUGGUUGGAAAAGGGUUUCACUCAUAGAUGAUAUUGAAUAACAAUAGAUAACAAAACUUUUAAUUAGAUGAAGGAGUUAUGAGAAAAACAAGAAUAGAUUUACCUUGCUUAGGAUAUGCUGAUUUAAGUAACUGGAAAACUGCUGAAGGAAUGUUUACAAAGGGAAUGCUAUAAGGAUAUGGUCGAUUGACCUUUGUGAAUGGAGAUAAAUUUGAAGGCUUCUUUAUUAAUAACAGAGCCAAUGGAAAAGGUACAUAUUCUUUUCAUGACAAUCAAUACUAUAAAAAAGAAGGGACCUGGAAGGAUAACAAAUUUAUUAUCACAAUUUGA